UCGUCAUCUUAAACGGCUGCAAAAGUAGUCUCCAGGCCCGAAAUCAUCGAACCGGGACCCUGCGAGCCUCGUGGAAGUUACUUCUAAUAUAUAAAUCUAUAUAUUUUUUUUCCUUUUUCCAGAUAAUACAGCUGAGCCCCGAGGAGGGAGCCGUGGAGUGGCUGGGCCCCCGGGAUCACCUGCCCCAGGAGGCCCUGCUCCAAUUGACACCCCGCCAGGGGCUGCCAGGCCCACGUCUUUGCCAACAUCUCAACUUUGGUCAGUUUGACGGGGGAAAAUAGUAUCUGAGAACCGUCUCCGUUUGAAUCUGUCGAGUGCCAACAAGAGGGUGAGCCCAGAGUCCCCUGUCGUCUUUUCGGACAAGACAAAAGGAAGGUAUUGGCACCGGGCAACGUGGUGCUCUCCUGUCAUCCCAGCGACUGUGGAGGCUGAGGCAGGAGGAUCGCUUGUUGGAGGCCAGCCUCAGCAACUCGGCAAGACCCUGCCUCAAAAUAAAAAUAUAAAAAGGGCUGGGGCUGGGGCUGGGUGGUAAAGCGCCCCUGGGUUCAGUCCCUAGGAUAAAAUAAGAAUAGAAGGGCCUUGGCUUCAAGGCGUCCCGAGGGGACAUCCGAUCUAGGCAAGCCCCUGUGGCCACAUGCCUCCAACUUUCUGAGAAACGGAGGCCGGGGGUGGCCUGGGAACAGUGGCCCAGGCUGGAGCAGCUCAUCCCUCGCACCCUGGCACUGAAGGGCCUCCGUGGUCGCCCACAAACUCAGGUGCUACCAAUUCCCCAUCCCUGUCUCCAGCCCCUGGUGGGCAGAGGUUGUGGGGGGUGGCCUCAGGCUCUGGGGUCCUCAUCUCACUGUCGAGGCUGAGCUCCAGGGAAGCCAAGCGACCCAGGACGGGGUGGCAGAGCCGGGACUCUGGGGCCGAAGGAGCUGCUGGGAGCCCUGCACCCUCCCGCCUGAUCAGCUGCUGGGUGGGCCACGCCUCAUCAGGGCUAAUUGGAGGGGCGGGGCUGAGGAAGGUAUAAGUGGAGGCGGAGGCGGCCCCGCGUCCUCACGUCUGGGCCUGCGUCCCCUGUCUGAUGGCUCCCAGCGGAAUUACUAGCGUUGCCGCCUCGAGCGCCCCUGCCAGGUCAUCUGGGCCUUCUGGUUCUGAGAAGCCAGGCCAAAGCUACAACUGGGUCUUCCGCCGGAAUCCCACGAUGCUCCGCAUGGUGUUAGAGGCGCUGAAGGCCAGAGAGCAGCCGCGGGGCAUGUCGCGGGGCAUGUCGGUGGUGGCCAUCAAAGUCUACAUCCAGAGCAAGUACCCGACGGCGGCGGACGCCGGGCGCUUCAAGUACCUGCUGAAGCAGGCCCUGGACACGGGCAUGCGGAGAGGACUGCUCACCAGGCCGGUCAACUCCAGGGCCAGGGGCGCCACUGGCAGCUUCAAACUGGUCCCCAAGUACAAGAAGAAAGUCCAGGCCAGGAAGACGUCGGUCCCCAAGGUCCCCAGGAGGCCCAGGGAGGCUGUUGGGAAGGGCUCCAAGAAACCAGGCGCGGAGCAGAAGGAAGCGUCCAGCUCUGGCCAGGCAGCGAGGACUGUCCCCAGGCCAGGGCCAGCCAACCAGAAGGUCCCCAAGAGAGGCCGCGGGGAGGCCAAGGACACCGAGGCCACCAAGCCUCCCCCCAAGCCAGCCAAGGCCACUCGGGCCCCUUCCAGUGCCAAUGGGACCAGUGAGCAGGGGAGAGCCAAGGGCAAGAGGCGUCAGCCAGAUGCAGAGGCUUGUGGGAGACCCAAGGUGAAGAAUGCAAGCUCAGAGGUGAAGAACGCGGGUUCAAAGCCCGCCGACGGGCAGGUCAAGAGUGGAGUCUCCUCCCCACCCAGAAGGAAGAUGGCAGCCAAGACCCCUAAAGAGAAGGUUGGCCAGGGGCCUGGGCAGAGAUCAAGACCCAAAGCUGCUGCUGUCCCUCGGAAGGGUGAUGGGUCCACACCUGUCCCCUCAGCUGUGGCCAGGAAGACAGAGGCCCCUGAGGGCCUGAGAAAGCCCAGGCUGCCCACCAAGUCCCCAUCCUCCAAAGCACGCAGCAAGAAGGUGGAGGCUGAGAAGUAGAGGCUGAGAGGUAGAGGCCAGGAGGUAGAGGAGGCUGAGAGGUAGAGGCCGAGAGGUAGAGGCUAGGGUGGGCAGAGAUGGUGAUUUUUCUCUGGAUCUUUAUUCUCUGAUCAGCCAUUAUUCAAUUUUAAUGUAACCUAUUUAUCAAUAAAGGCUUCAUAUUCCUUUUCCUA